CUUUCUUUACCCCCAUUUUUGAUAAAUGUCUUCAAACGCCUCAAAGAGAAAGUUUGCUUCAUUAACACGCAGUGAAGUGGAAGAGUGCUUACGUCAACAAAAGCGUAUCAAACUAGAAAUUCAACAGCUACCUUGCCGUAAGCUUAAGUUGAACGAUAGUAAUAGCACUGCUAUUUCUUGUGGUAAUUGCACGCGUAAGAAAGGUGAUUGCUCCUUUGUUGACUUACGAGCCUUCAAAGUCGAAGCCGAUAACACCUUGACUUAUGGUCCAUACUUUCCUUCUGCUACAACAGAAGAUCCUUUGAAAGCUAAACUUGCUAUUGCAGUUAAACCCAAGCCACCAGCUAGUACAGCCAAGCAGUACAUUCAAAAGUACGUUGAGCCAGUACUGAGACAGAUUGUCGGCGAUGAAGAACAACUUACUACUGCUUUGAGCGAUGAAUCGUCUGUCAUCAACCGUAAAUUUGUUGGUGGCUACGGCCACAGCUGUGACAGUUGCUUGACUAGCAUAUUCAACUAUCACUAUAUCUGCGCUACUUGCGCUUAUGAAAUCUGCCCUUCAUGUUUCAAGGAUGCCAACUUGAUGAGGUGUCUUCAUUGCGUCCAUCAUACGCCUGAUCAUUUCGUUUUAUUUAGCAAGUACUCAGAUGAUUCUUUCUCUGAGCUCAAGUCAAGUCUUUUCAGAGAACACCGUGGCACGAAAAGAUCAUUCUCUGAGGAUCAACAGGAAUUUAACGAUACCGAGAUUGUCAUGAAGAGCCCAUCUGAUGAUAUUGAAGUCUCUUCAACCCUCUCAUUCAAUACGAGCUUAAAGACAUCUGAAUCAGCCUCUAAUGUGGUACAUGCUCCUCCCAAAAAAGCCAAUAUUGUUACCGUUGAAAAUUCCUUAUCCCCCUCUACUACCAUCCAUAGUGCUUCUGAAUAUACCACUACCAGCGCUGCCUCCUCCCAUGCGCCUGAUUCCCCUACUCCCACUAUGAAUACCCUCGAUACUAAUACAUUGAACCCAUCAUCUGAUACUAGCCGCUCCUCUGCCACGAGUCUGUCUAUUCCUGAAUGUACUAUUACCUCUGAUGAGCACCUAGUUAUACCACGCGAAAGCAUAACCCUAGAACAAUUCCAGGCUUAUUGGAAACAACACAAACCUUUAAUCAUUACCAAUUCACUAAAGGACGCUGAUUCUGAAUGGUCUCCUGAAUAUUUUAUCAAACAUUACGGAAAAGAUCCCAUUGAAGUCAUUGACUGUAAAGAUUAUACAAAAAAAAACAAGUCAACUGUGAAAGAGUACUUUGAAGGCUUCUCAGAUCACCGCAAGCGCAAGGCUUUGGCAAAGAAACUGGGAACAUCUGAACUUUUGAAAGUCAAGGACUGGCCACCUACUGAAGAUAUCGCAAACAAGUUUCCCCAGCUCUAUAAGGAGUUUAUGGCUACUGUGCCAAUACCUGAAUACAGUGCAACAGAUGGUUAUUUUAACUUGGCCAAUCGUUUACCUACUGAAUUUCUUCCUCCUGACCUUGGGCCCAAAAUGUUUAUUUCAUAUAUGUCUGGCAACACUAACCUCCACUGCGACAUGACUGACGCGGUCAACCUUAUGUAUUAUGCCGGAAAAACUAAUAACACCAAUCACGCUGCUGCCAUUUGGCAUAUAUUUGCUGCAAAGGAUUCUAAAGCACUGUCAAAAUGGCUAAAGAAGCGUCACCAGAAAUUUCUGAAAAAGUGGCAUCCCAUCCACAGUCAGUCGUUAUACAUGGAUGACAAUGAACUGAAGCUACUAGAAAAGCAGACAGGUAUUAAGCCUUGGAAAAUAUACCAGAAUUGCGGUGAUGCCGUCUAUAUACCAGCUGGAUGUCCACAUCAAGUCUAUAACUGCACAGAAGCUAUCAAGUGCGCGGUUGACUUUGUCAGCCCUGAAAACCUUGAAACGAGCCUAUCGGUAACUAAGCAGUUUAGCGAAUUACCAAAGACAGAUGCUUUACAGCUCAAGUCUACUCUGCUAUUUACUUGGAAAGAGAUAAAUGAAAGCUAACCUAUACCAUAAAAACAUGUAAUAAAGCAUAAAAUAUAAACAUAAGCCAAGUUUGUCUCUAUAUAACUAGAAGACAAAUGAAUAAUAUAUUAUUUGUUUUAUACCUACCGAAGCGCU